UGGGCCGGGGUGGAGGGUCCGGGGGUCCGGGGGUCGGGGGUCCCUUGGCCUCGGGACUGCAUUUGCCAGAGUCCCCCGGGGUGGAGCCGCCGCCCGGGGAGCGUCCGGGCCCCGGACCCGCAGGGGGGAGGGCCAACGACCCCCGCCCCGCCCCGUCCCGCCCCGGGAAGGAGGCGGCCGGACGCGGUCCUCGGCCCCGCGGGGUCCCCCGGCCGAGCCCCGGGACCCGCCCCGGGGGCGGGAGGGGCCGGAGCCGGCGGGGAGGGACCGGCAGGUGUCGGCGGGCCCCGGGCCCGGCCUCGGCCGCAGACCCCGCCGGCUGUCCGGCGGCCAAGGCGCCCCCGACCAUGGCCCUGCGGCCGCUCCUCCCGGGCCCCCGGGCCCUGCCCCGGCCCCUGCCCCGGGCCCUGCCCCUGCCCCUGGCCCUGGCCCUGGCCCUGGCCGCGGCCCGGGUCGCCUCCCGCCCCCCGAAUUUCGUGGUCAUCUUCGCCGACGACCUGGGCUACGGGGACCUGGGCAGCUACGGACACCCGCGCUCGGCCACGCCGCACCUCGACCGGAUGGCGGCCGGAGGGCUCCGCUUCACUGACUUCUACUCCACCUGCCCCGUCUGCAGCCCCUCCAGGGCGUCGCUGCUGACCGGCCGCUACCAGACGCGCUCCGGCCUGUUCCCGGGGGUCCUCUACCCGGGCUCGCGUGGAGGCCUCCCACCGGCCGAGGUCACGGUGGCCGAGGUCCUGGCCGCCCGCGGCUAUCUGACCGGCAUGGCGGGCAAGUGGCACCUGGGCGUGGGCGCCAACGGCUCCUUCCUGCCGCCCCAUCAGGGCUUCCAGCGCUUCCUGGGGGUCCCCUACUCUCACGACCAGGGCCCGUGCCAGAACCUGACGUGCUUCCCGCCGGCCGAGCGCUGCUGGGGCACCUGCGACCAGGGCGUCGUGCCCGUCCCGCUGCUGGACAACCUGACGGUGCGGCAGCAGCCCCUGGACCUGCCCGGCCUCGAGCGCCGCUACCUCCGCUUCGCCCAACAGCUCAUGGCCGACGCCGCCCGCCUGCGCCGCCCCUUCUUCCUCUACUACGCUUCCCACCACACUCACUACCCGCAGUUCGGAGGUGGGGAGUUCGUGGACCAGUCGGGCCGGGGCCCGUUCGGGGAUGCGCUGCUGGAGCUGGACGCGGCCGUAGGCGCCCUGCUGGGCACGCUGGAGGAGCUGGGCCUGCAGGAGGACACGCUGGUCUUCUUCACCGCCGACAACGGGCCGGAGACGAUGCGGAUGUGGCGCGGCGGCAGUGCCGGGCUGCUCAAGUGCGGGAAAGGCACCACCUACGAAGGCGGAGUGCGGGAGCCGGCGCUGGCCUACUGGCCCGGCCACAUCCAGCCCGGGGUGACACGCGAGCUGGCCAGCACCCUGGACCUGCUGCCCACCCUGGCUGCCCUGGCCGGAGCUCAGCUGCCCAACGUCACGCUGGAUGGGUUUGACCUCAGCCCCCUGCUGCUGGGGACGGGCAAGAGCCCCCGGCAGAGUCUCUUCUUCUACCCGCCGGCCCCGGACGAGGUGCUCGGGGUGUUUGCUGUGCGAUACGGGAGAUACAAGGCGCAUUUCUUCACUCAGGGCGCCUUCCACAGCGACACGACCCCGGACCAGGACUGCCACGGCACCACCCCGCUGACCGCCCACGACCCGCCGCUGCUUUUCGACCUGGACACGGACCCGGGGGAGAAUUACGAGCUGCUGCGCGGGGGCCGGCGGGGAGAGCCGGGGGUCCUGCAGGCCAUCAAGGCCACGCGCCUGCUCAAGGCCGCCUUCGACGCCUCCAUGGUGUUCGGCCCCAGCCAGAUGGGCCGCGGCCUGGACCCCUCUCUGCAGCUCUGCUGCAGUCCGGGCUGCACGCCCUGGCCCGCCUGCUGCCACUGCCAGUGACCCUCCAGCUGCACGCCCCGGCCCGCCUGCUGCCACAGCCCCCGGCCUGGCCACGGGAGGCUGGACCGGCGACCCUCCGGCUACGCUCGGCUCCCAGCCCGGUUGCUGCCACUGCCCACGCCGCAGCUACGGGAAGCCAGGCCGGUGACCUUUCUGCUACGCUCGGCCCCCGGCCCGGACGCUGACUUCUCGGCCCCUGAGCCGUCGCCUGCCCCCAGCCUGGACAGUGACCCCACCGACCGUGAUCUGGCUGUGACCCCACGGCUCCCAGAUCGUCACCCUACCCUGGGUGGUGAUCCCUCAGCCCCCAGACCAGAAAGUUACCCCGAGCUGCAGCCGAGGUGGCCACAGUGCCGAGUGGAGCAGCCGGCCGGGUUCUCCGUGCCCAAUCCUGAGGCGUCUUUCUGGGCCGGGGCCGAGGGCCAGGCGGCAAGGAGGAGGUGGGGGCGGGGCUCGGCUGCAGCCCUCACUGACUAAACUUUUUCUAACUCUC